AUGCAACAUCUCUCUAUUAAUGAAUUGAGUUUAAUUGCACAGAUGUUCAACGAAAGAGAUAGAAGUUGUAUUUUGAACAUCCCUCUUAGUCUUUCAUCGUGUUCUGAUACAUGGUGCUGGAAAUUCGAGUCCAAAUGUCACUAUUCGGUUAAGAGUGCAUAUAGGUUCCUGGUUGAUGGCUUUCAACAUAGGGAAGGGAGCGAGAUAUGGAAAAGGUUCUGGAAAGCUAAAGUUCCCCCAAAAGUGCUCAAUUUCUGCUGGCGGGCUCUAGUUAAUGUUGUCCCUUGCCUCUCGUCACUUCAGUCCAAGAGAGUCCCAGUUGAUCCUUCAUGCCCGUUGUGUCAUGUAGCCCCUGAGAAUGUCUUGCAUAUUCUGAUUCAGUGCCCUUUUGCCCGCAGCUGCUGGUUAAGCUCGCCGUUGGGUUGGCCUGCGCCUUCUGCAUCUUCUUUAAAUGAGUGGUUUUCUUUAGCCUUCUCUUCUGCUUCUGUGGAAAAUGCCUCCCUUAUGCUAAUGAUCUUAUGGGCUUUGUGGCAAAAUAGGAACAAUGUUGUAUGGAAGGGUCAGGGUCAGACUGCGAGUGGUGUGUUCUUCAUGGCUCUGAAUUUUUUGCAGCAAUGGAAAGCAGCUCGGGUCGUGUCCUCCGUAAGCACCAUUGUCGACCCGGCUCGCCCGAUCUGGUCUCCUCCGCCACACGGUUGGAUCAAGGCGAACAUUGACGCCUCUUUAACCUUGCAACGAGGUUCGGUAGGUUUCGGUUGUGUAAUCCGGAAGGAUGAUGGGAGUUUUGUGGCUGCUAGAGCAGGCUCUUUUUAUAGCCAGAUGGAUGCAAAGUGUGCUGAAGCUAUAGCAUUCCGGGAAGCAUUGAGCUGGAUUAAAGAGUGUGGAUGGGAUCGAGUUCUUUUCGAAUUGGAUGCUCAGGGAAGGUCUCCACAACCUCCUUCACAAAUCCUGUCAUUGUCAAUCUUGUCCUUACCAAACCCAAAAACCUUGAAAUCAGUACCUUUGUUACCAAACCUUCCACUGCUAAAAGCACAUCUUUUUUCUUCCCAAAGUUCUACACCUUCUUCGCCUGUCAAUUCAUGGCACAAAGUUGUUCCUGUUCAAUCUUCUAUCCCCUUAUGGCACAAAGCUAUUCCUGUUCAACCUUCUAUCUCCUCAACAAUUUAG